GUUACUUGAACAUGGGCAGUUUCUUGAAGAAGUUGGAUGUCUAAGCAGUUGAUUGAGUCAGAAUUCUAUUUAGAUUUCACCAUUUGUCCUGUUAUUAGUCAGCUCACAUCCUUAACUAAAAUCAACUCCUAAAAAUCAACCAAAAACAAUCCCAAUGUGAUUCAAAUAAGCAAUCAAAAGAUAAAAUCUCAUCUUUUCGGCUCUUUCUUUCCCAUGUAGCAUUUGAUAUGUCAUGAGACCUAAAAUUGUAUAUUUGACAUGGUUAAAUCACCUUCAUUCAUUUAAAAAUAUUUGACACGUAACAUAAUCUUAAAUUUUUGUAAUUUUUGGUGUAAACACUUGUACCUCUGUGAGACUCUUGGUGUAGUGCUUCAAUUCAACCUAGUCCAGAACAAUCUCCAGAUACUACCGAAGUGAUCGAACCAUGGCGGCGUGGACGGCAGCUGCUCGCCAAGCCUCCAAUCUUGCUCGACUCUCCUCCCCCAGAUCAGCAUACACAGCUCCUCAAGCAGCCUCUCUCAUCCAUCGGCGUGGCCUUGCCGGCGGUGGCGGUAAACCUCCUGAGUCCUGACUGCGUGCCCCAUACUUUAGAUUCAUAGCAGAAUUCUCCCAUUUUCAUAAUCUCUUAUCAUCUUAUUUCGUUUAGUUUUAAUCAUUAAAAUGUGAAUCAAAGAGUGAAAAUUUCAUCCAUAACAUGACGGAAUUGUUGAUAUCCAGUCUAUGGUGAUUUCACCAUAUUAAGAAAAAUAUGAAAUUGAUUGGGUUACAUUCGUGAUUAUUUCUUUAUCCGGGUGGGGUUUACUCCUUUAUGGAGGUUACAAGUUCUUCACUGGAGGCAAGAAGGACAAGGCAGAAGAGAAGAAGGCUGGAGAGACACCACAUUAAAGCUUGUGUUGGUUUGAAUAUCUUGGGGAAGUAAAUCUGCAAUCUGCAGGAUGAGAAGGUUUUCCUUAUGCAGUAAUACCGCCUAGUUUUGGACUGUUUUAGUUGUAGAUGAGAAUGUUUCUCUUGUGGUCAUGUGCUAAACAACUAGAAGUAAUAAAAGUAACUUGUGUUUACUUUGAUCAUGUGAUCAAGGAAUCCUUUGUUUUGAUCUGACAAACAAUGGAAAUCCACUUUUUCUGGCAUAUGUACUCAUUUGAGCUUACUUUGUAAGGUUAUGGCGUGUGAUUCCAUUUUU